UAUUUCUUUAAAUUGUUUAUUUACUUUUGCAAAAUAAUUGGUGCCUUUCAUAUAGUUAGAUAUUAUUCACGUGUACAUUAGUUAUGUAGUAAAGUUUAUUUCUUUAAAGUAAAUAAAAACACUUAUAAAUCAAACAACAUGAUGUGAUAAUUUGUUUUACUAAUGUCAAGUGUUAGAAAGUUAUAUUUUUGGCACACUUUUUUAGUAUCUAUAUCCAAGUAAUAAGUGCAGAUACUUAAUCGUCUUCAAAAGAGUGGCAACAUGCUUUCAGUUAUACCUGCUAAUUUUGUUAAUCAAACAGCUCGUUCAAGUAAUGAGCGUGAAAGAAAUGUAAUUGCUGCCAUAUUUAGUGCCAUGUUGAUUUUAUUGCUAAUUAUGGCAUUGUCUCUUCCAAAUUGGUAUUAUCUGAAAGGCGGAGGCUGUAGACAUCAAGUGCUUGGUGCUGAACAAUUUUUGUAUGUGAAUCCUGGUGAUUCGGGCAUUAUUUCCUUAAAUUCUGGAAAUAUAUCUCAUGCUUCUCUGGCAUAUUAUGGAUUAAAUGAUGACAUGAAGAAUUGUCUUACUCCUACCAUCGUGACUGUACAGAGAGUUAAUAUUGGCUUAUGUUUCCUAACAAUAUUCUUCAGUUUUUGCCAGUUUUAUUUUGACAUUACAGGUGUUAAAAAUCAUGUUAUACACUGUACCAGAAGAUGUGCUAUUGGCAGUAUUUUUUCUGUAAUUUCAAUUGUGACAAUCAUUGGUCUUUGCUACUAUGUGUCAGAUCUAAUGGAGCAACAACAAGAACUUACAAAAUUAUACCCAACCACCAGAGUAGAAAUUACUUUUGGUGUUAGUUACUAUUUGGUAGCUACUGCUGGAAUAAUAGCUGUCUUAGCUACUGCUGCAAAUCUUUUUAGAUGUGAUCAUCUUACUAGAAGUAAUGAUGUUUCUAUGCUAUUAGACGAUCAUCAGGAAGAAACAUUUUCCAUUGGUUUGCCACAUUCACAAUCAUGGUCUCAUAUUCAUGAGCAAAAUGCUGCAUAUUUGAACAAUCUACCUCCACCUCCUCCAUAUACACCCUAAUCAAAGUAGUGCUAAUGAAAUAAGUAGCACAAGCAUUUAAAAUGUGAUACCUGCCUUAUUUUGUUACAAGGAAAGCAUUUCUGUGUUAAAUGCUGUGAGCGUCGAGAAGCAGAGCUUUACUACCCUUUUUUUCCAAAUGGUAGAAUCCAAAGAUUUAACAUUUGCUUUAGCUUUUGCACUAGUUUAUGCAACAUGCUGUUUAUUUUAUUCUCAUAACAAGUUUAAAGAGAGAAUGGUUGUUGAUCUUGUGUUAAGGAUCUAAAAAGAUUUUUAUUAUGUGCCUAUAUAAUACUGAUGGCUGUCAGUGGAUUUAUAUUUUUAUUAAUUGUAAACUAGAAGAAAGUAUUUGGACAAAUCAUUGUAUAUAAAUGAUAGAAUUUCUCUCUGUCGCACUCUCUCUCUCUCUCUCUUUUUUCUUUCUUUUUGCUAUAAAAUUUAUACCAAGAAAUGUACAAUUAGAAGUGUUAAGCAUAUUAAUACCUUUGUUUUCUAAAAGAUAAUAUUCAUUGACGAUAAUGAGUGAUGGACAUUAUUUAUGAUGUAACAAUUUUUUUUAAUCGGUGUCAGUAACUAAAAAAUUUAACUAUUUUAACUUUAAAUUAAUAUAAAGUUAAAAUCUUAUACUCCUUUGCUUUCAACAGAAAAUUUUAGUUUAUGUUUAACAAUUUUAAAAAAAAAUUUAAUAUUUGUUUUGGUGUUACGUACUGUGUCAGUUUUUAUAUUUAUUUUUCUAACAAAAAGAAAACUUGUUUGACUUUCAAUUUCAAAAUUUUUGUUCCACUUGCGUCAAAUAUCAAUUCUUACAUUUCUAAAUGUAAUGUUUUGAGCAUUAACACCGUUUUCAGCUAUUAAUUAUAGCUAUUCAGUAUUCUAAUUAUUCUUUAAAUAAGUGCAUAAAUUUUACUGAAGAAAUUGGUAUCAUUGAGUUUUGACUUAUAUUUAAUUUUCUUCAUUUUUUAAAAAUGACCUACAUUGUAAAUAGAAAAAAAAUUAUAUAAUUUUGGUUUAAAUUUAAUUAUAAUUUGUGUUUUUAAAAUUAAUUUUGUAACUAAUAAUGGAAUAAAAAAUACUUUUCUCGUGUUUUAGAUUUUGAAUAAAAUCAAAAGAUUUAAUUUUUAAGUAUUGAUUUCUUUUAAAUAUAAAGUUGCAUUAGUUUUGUUAAUGUUAUGUAAAGUUCAUUAAUACUUUUCUGUUAUUUUUUAAUCCUUGUUUAAGCAUCAUUUGGUAUGAAAUUUUAUUUCUGAUAAGUAUUCUCUUUUUAUAUAGUUUUUACUCACUCUGUUGGAUGCAUUAAAUCAGGAGUCUUCCACCUGAUGGGCACAUUAAUACUUUCAGGUAAACGUGCAGGCGAACAGUUAAUUUAAUCCAGCAGGCAAACAAUUCAUUUAAAUAUUCAGGCAAUCGGUUCAUUUUUGCGUAAAUUUAUGAUUAGUGUCGUCUUAGUCUUACAUUAUAGACUGAAAUCAAUUCAAAAUAUAAUAAAUAUAUUUUAUCCAUUUUCAUUACUGUCUGAGACUGAAUAAAAUAAUAAUUCAACUGAUACAAUACUAAAUAAAAUAGACAAAGUAAUUCAUUAGCAAAGAAGGAAAUUAGCUCAUUUUUGUGUCAAAUUAUGUUGGUGUUAUGUUAAUUCAAAUUAUCUUAUAUUAUCUAUUUUCCUCUCUGUUUGCAACAAACUUAAUAUAUUAUAUAUAGGAAAAGAAGCUCAUUAGCAAGAGAGGAAAAGGUUAAUUUUAGCAUUAAAUUGUGAUUUUUGCGAGUAGGAAUUCUGCUAAAGAUUGAAUUUAUUAAGUAUAACAACUGCUUAUCUUCUAAAGUCUUAGUAUUUUCUGUUGUUUUUAACUGGGUGAAAUAACUCAGGGAGCCACAUCUUAAAGAUCCCUGCAUUAAAAGGAUGAUGCACCUACUCUGGCAUAUAGUAUCUGUAAGAUAUGCGUUGUUUUUCAGUACAUUAGUCCAACAUAAUGCAAGAAUAAUUUUAAAAAUUAAAGCUACAUUAAGUUAAAAUAGUAUAUUGUUUUUACGUUACCUUAAAAGCAUUUUCACAAAAUUUUGUAUUUAUGGUAUACUGCUGGCUGGUUGAAUGAAAAAUGAAUUGCUGUCUUUAAUUCUAAAAUUUAACAAUUUCUUAACUUUUUGGUAAACUUUGGCAAUCUUUAAUUCUGAUUUAACCGCAGAUUUCUCUUUUAUUGGAAUUUAAAUAUUAUUUAUUUUUUAAUAUUUUCUAACACAACUCACUACUCUAUACCUAGCUUCUACCAUACUUUUUUUUAUUGAACUUAAUACUUUAAAGAUAUAACAAUAACUACAUAUCAAACAAAAGUUUUUUGGUUUAUUUUAUCUGUGAUGCGUUAUAUUCAAUGUUAUAAUGCUUUAUCAUUUCUUAAUUCUGUAUUCCCAAUAAACUACUAGAGUAAAAAUAGUUAGCAUUUUCAAAUACUUGUACAUUUAGUAUUAAAAGUUAAAUAAUGUGUUAGAAAUUCUGAGAGUUACACUGUUUUUUAUUUUCAUUUUUUAUAGUGUUAUGAAAUGUUUUGAGACUAAAUUAAACACACUCUUUUUUUAAUUUUUUUAACAUACUUAAGUAUAUGUUUUAAAUGUCUUUUUAAAAGUUAGUAAAAAGUAUUUAAAAUAAGUUGCUAGUGAAAGUGAAAGUUUUUAGCGAAAAAAAAUUAUACUGGUUUUUAUUUAGUUUCUUAAGAUAUAUCCUUUUUAUAUAUUAUGAAAAAGUUGUAGUCUUUGUUUUUCUCGACAAUUAUUUUUCAGCAUAAAUUAGAUUUAAAACUUUCUGUAAUAAUUACAAAGUAUAUGAUAUAGUUUAUGACAGUUAUCUUUUUAUUUAAUGUGCUUAAAUUUAUGUAUUUAAUGUUUUCUUAUUGCAUUUAAAGUAUACUAUUAGUGAAUUUAUAGUAUGAAGAUAAGAGGAAAGUAUCUUUAUUUAAUGCAAUUUCUUAAAAUGUAAAUAUUUUUGAUGUUUUCAAGAUGUACUAUUCUAUAUUUUUCUAACAAUUGGCCAAUAUGAAUUAUAUUUAAAUUUAACGCUCUUUUAUUAAUUCUUUUGUACAUUUUGUUAUUCACUUCUAUAAUUGUUUAAAAAUGACUAUAAGUAUAAAAUUUUAAAUAGAUUUUCUUUAUCUCAUCUCUUUUAAAUUUUAUCUAGUCUGAAAUUUAAUGUAUUGUUUCACUUAUCUGCUGCCUUAAAAAUCAAAACUACUUAUACUAAAAAUAUAUGAUAAGCAUUUAAUAUUGUUAAGUAAUGAUCUAUGUAUGUUGGAAUUACAUGAUAAUGUAAUAAAAGAAAUUGUUUUAUA